GUUUGCAAGAGGUUGGGCUUGGGCUACCUGGUGGCCUGGCUCAUGGAGUCCCAUCGUGCUGGGACCAGGUGCGUCUGCAGAGAUUCGCAUUUCGCGUUCGCAACCUGGCUUCGUUCGAAGGCAGGACUGCGCCAGAGGAGACAGGCGAGGGACUGGCUCGUGACGGGCGCUGCCGAGGUCGUUCCAUCGCCAGGUGCCACCUUCGAGGAGCUCCUCGACCUGGAGCGCGUCCACAGGCCUGCGGGGGAGUUCUUCGAGCCCGAGGAGAUUGCAGGCUGA